UUAUAUACAUAUAUUUAUUUUUCACACUCCUUCUUCUUCUUCUUUAUACUCAUGAUCAUCAAAAACGCUCGGUCUGCACUUAUCAGUAAUUUUGAAGUUUAUAGUCUAUUACAAGAACGAAAUGAUUACCAAAAGCAAGUGUUAGCCAAUCAACCUAAUGUCGAAUACCCUGAACAUUUACGAACUAUUCAGUUUGAAGUGAUAGAAUAUCUCAAAGGAACUCCUACUAGUACCCAAUCAGUUGAUCAGGUCAAAAACUUUUUAGAUCAAUUACAACCCUAUUCCCUGACUCUUGGUGAAAAGUUACAAAUACUAAAUUUAAGACCAAGAAGUGCUGUUGAAAUAUAUUUGUUAAUUGAAGAAUGCGAAGAACGAUUUAAUGAAGAAGACUUGGAAAAUAUGCUUUCGAUUAUUAUCAAUACUUUACCACGUGAUGAUGAUGAACAACAAGAGGAUGGAGACAUGGAAGAAUAGUUUAAGAAAUAUCUAGUUUUGUAGUGUGUAUACAGUUUGUUCUGGAAUAUUAUAUUUAUUUGUACAGUUUUUAUUUAUAAUAAUAAAAUAUUCUUUUCUAUGUAGAUAA